AUGAAUGAUAUUUUAGACUCUACAUUCGAAUUAGAAAAUAAAAUAUAUUCAAAAGUUAAAAGUUCAAGUAUUCUAGACGUUUUUAAAAGUCAUUCUCCAAAAAAAAUCGUGAAAAUUGAAUUAAAAACAAGAAUUUUGGAGAAUAUUAAAAAUGGUAAAAAUCCAUAUUCAUAUGUGGUCAAAUUGAAAAUUAAUUCUAAUGAACUUGCUAGAAUUAAACAAUUUGAAAAUCCAUUGAAAACUAAAGGAAGUGGUGCUAAAUCAGAAGGUAAAUCUAUAAAUAGUUUGUUUUCAAGUAUGAUGCAAGCUAGCAAAAAACAAAGUGUAUUGAAACAAAAAAAGGUAAAAGAACUAUCACCUGUUUGUGUUUUAGUACAUGUUAAUGAUGAGACGAGAAGUUAUAGACCCCCAAGAGAUUUAAAAAUACCGAAAAUCGAAGAAGUUUCUGGGGAAAUACCGAAAUUAAAUUACAAAAAUGAAGCAGAAUUCAAUUACGAACCAAUAGAAAGCAUUGAAACUUUAUUAUCUAAAUUACCUGAGAAAUUACCACCACCUUUACAACAUGUUUAUUCAAAAUUGUCAGAUAAAUCAAAAAAAAAUUGGUGUGAAAAAUUUAAACCAACAAAUAUUGAUCAAUUAUUAAUUAAUCCAAACAAUAUUCAGAAAAUAUUUUACUGGAUAACUAAUGCAUUCAAAAAUUUACAAAAAUAUGGUCCUAUUAAAAAUUUGAAAUUUAAAUUGAAACAAAAAAGUAUUGAUUCAUUUUUAAAUGAUUAUGAAGAAGAACCUACAUAUUCACCAUUUUUAAUUCUUCAAGGUUCUUUAGGUGUUGGGAAGUCUACAUAUGUUUAUACUUGUAUGAAACAACUUAAUGGAUACAUACAUGAAAUAAAUGCUGGUCAAUCAAGAAAUAAAAAAGAUUUAUAUCAAAAUUUAAAAGAAUUUGUAACUACUCAAUUGAUAAAUAAUAAUGAAAAGGGAUUGGUAUUAUUAGAAGAUGUAAAUAUUUUAUUUGAACAAGAUGCUAGAUUUUGGCAAUUGGUAGGUGAAAUUAUAAAUAUUACAAAAAGACCAAUUAUUUUAACUUGUGAGGAAUUAUGGAAUAUCCCAAAGAAUUUAGUUGAUUUUGCAAGAGAAGAAAAUUCAAUUAUAUUUAUGGACGAUUUUAAAAUUUCAAAUAGAAUACUUGCAGAUUAUCUCUGGUUAUGCGGGAUCAAUGAAAAUGUUGAUGUUGAUGCAGAGAUUUUAGAGGACAUAAUAGAUGAAAACUCAAAUGGUAUAAAAUCAGAUAUUAGAGGCUGUAUAAACCAUUCUGAGUUUCUAUGUAAAUCAAAAAGAGGUAAGAAAAUAAAUAAAAAGAAAAGGAAGGUAGAAGAGAUAUCAGAUUUUCACGAAUUAUCCAACUUGCUCAAUUUAUUAUCAUGUAGCGAUGUUAUAGAACAGACUAGAACAAAUCAGUUACAAGAAUACAGCAACAAUGAGUUGGUUGAUAUUUACACAGUUGAUGAUUUAUACAAUUUACAAUAUGAUUAUGAAAUAAAUUUUGGAAAGGAAUUACGACAUCUCAUUCCAGUUAAUAAAUCAUUACCAUCACCAAAAUUCCAAUUUAAUGACUUAAAAUAUGAAACUUUACAAUUUAUUGGAUUAAGAGACAAAAUUUAUAAAAAAUCAAAUAGAACACAAACAUUAGAUUCAGUUGGUAUACCAGAUAAUUCUUUUUUAAAUUAUAUAACUAUAACACCAUUAGUUUUAGAUUUAUUACCAUAUACUAGAUAUUGGCAAACUUUACAAAAUAAGUUAAAUCAAUAUGAAAUUGAUAAUCCAGAUAAACCAAGUUUGAAGGAAUUUUUAAAUUAUCGAGAUUUUAGAUAUGAAUCAACUUUAUUGAAUACUAUGUUAAAUUAA